CUGGCUCCGGCCGGGGUGGGUAGUUGUCAUAGCGCCGCCGCCGCGCGGGGCGGAGGGGGAGGUUCGGUGCAGCCGCCCGCGCCGUCCCCUUCCCCUCGCCGGAGGGGCGGGCCCGGGCCGGGCGAUACCGGAGACACCCCCUCCCGGGAGCGAGGGGCAGAGCAGUUACUAUGUGGGCAACCUGUUGUAACUGGUUUUGUCUGGAUGGACAACCUGAGGAGAUGCAGCAGCGGCCGCAGCAGGGUGCCAGACCCCAGGCGUAUGCCAACCCAGGUUACAGCUCCUACCCUUCUCCUACAGGUUCUGAACAGAACUGCAAGGCGUGUGGGGUGCACUUUGAAAAUUCCUCCAGGAAGCACAUCUGCUUUGACUGUAAAAAGAAUUUUUGCACUUCCUGUUCAAGCCAGCCUGAAAGCAGUCCCCUUGUCUGCCAUCUCUGUCAGCGGUUCCAAGCCACAGCCUUUCAGCGGGAGGAGUUGAUAAAGAUGAAAGUGAAGGAUCUACGAGACUAUCUGGCACUACACGAGGUUUCCACAGAGUUGUGCCGUGAAAAGGAAGACCUGGUGUUUCUGAUUCUUGGGCAGCAGCCUGUAAUCACCCAGGAGGAUAGAAUACGAAUCCCGCCAUUAAACUCUGGCACAUCUGGACAGCAAAGCUUUGUUAUUCUGCCACAGACCAGCACAGCAUCUUCUACCUCACAUGAUGCCUCUCCAAUGUCUGCAGACUCCAUCUUGAGUCCAAUAACUCAGGAACAUCAACAGGCAAAUGGGCAUGUGCCUCCAAGCCAAGACGAUAUGACAGAAAUUGAGAAUGCAGCAGAAGCACCAACAGAGGAGGAGACACAGUCUGUUGACUCGGAGGAUAACCUGGUACAGGGGCGGAGGGCCUCUCUUUCUGACCUCACGAGUGUUGGAGACAUUGAUGCGCUCUCGGUGCGACAGCUGAAGGAAAUCCUGGCUCGCAACUUUGUCAACUAUAAAGGCUGCUGUGAGAAGUGGGAGCUGAUGGAGAGGGUGACCCGUCUUUAUAAAGAGAAAGACCUUCAGCAUCUGGUUGCUGACACGGAUGAUCAAAAUGUUUCCUCAGGCAGUGCUGGGCUCCCUCGCACUGAAGAGAAUCUCUGCAAAAUCUGCAUGGACUCACCAAUUGAUUGCGUCCUGUUAGAAUGUGGCCACAUGGUCACCUGCACCAAGUGUGGAAAGCGUAUGAGUGAGUGUCCCAUAUGCAGGCAGUAUGUGAUCAGAGCUGUCCAUGUAUUUAAGUCCUGAGGGAGCUGGAGGAAGACCAGUGUUGCCUUAAAGCCUCAUCUGCUGUUAGAGAUGGUCAGAAUCUCUACAGGUAGGUCAGAAACGGGCACGUAGGACCUCACAAGAAACCCAAAGUUCAUAGGCGAGAUGAGGAAAGGAGAAAGCUUGGGGAAUUGUUCUGAUUGAAGCCAUUGACUGGCUGUGCCCUUCACACCACAGUGCUUCACCCUGCAGUGCCUAGACUCCGGGAGCCCGCUGUCAGCAGCAGACACAGAAAUAAUUAACAGCUUGCAUUCCGGGCCAGCUUGAUCAACUGCUGAUGGGGGGCAAAUAAUCACUCGGCUUUCCAAAACUAACACCAGAUUCUGAGGUGUAUUUCCUCCACAAUAAUAAAUAAGGUGGACUGCGGUUUUGGCACAUGACAUUUUCUUUUGUUUUGCUGCUACUGAAUUCUCCCCUUCUGGUUCCCUCUUUAACUUGCUCUGUUCCAGGCCACACCUCCACUGAUAUUUUUAUUUUCAGGGAACAAAAUCUUAUUGGGCUGGUUCCCUCUCCCUACGCCUUUUUUUUUUUUUUUUGGAAUGUGUAACUUUAUUUUUAUCUCUAGUUCCUUAUGCUUGCAGGCCAGGCUGAACUUUUCUCCUCUCUGUUGCCUUUAGCUUUUUCAUAGUCAGAAUUAAUUUCUAAGCCUAGCCCUGUAAGGUUAUGGUGAAACAUUCACUAUUGCUACACAUUAAUAUGAAAAGGAAGCAGGACUUCAUACUGUUAAAGAUACAUUCUUUCCCUUUGAAAGAUAAGAGGCAGUGAAGUGGCUUAGGACAUAGAGCCUCCGCUUGACGCUUACCCAGCAUAGGCAGUGUUUAUCUCCCUCCCUCCUACAAUUUGCCGUUCCUUGGGUUAUUCUUUGUUAUAACACCACAGGAUGGUGUGUUGCCUGCCGGGUCUGCAAGCAAUCCCUGUAGAACUGAACUGGCUGUAGAGUCAACCUCCUCCAGUGACUAACACAUUGGGACCCUGAGGCACUAGUCCCUUACAAUGCAUUGCUUUGCUUGAACGCUAGUGGGAAAAACACUAUGGCCGUAGUAGUGUGAUUUUUGGUCUAGGGCUGCCUACACUCCUAAAAAGGAGUGGUGAGACAUUUCAAUUGUGAAGCCCUGAGUGGUGUAUUCUUAUAAUGACCUCCUAAGGCCUAGAGAUGAAGCUGUCAAAAAGAGAGAGAGACUGUGAAGUUUGGAGGAAAGUGUAGGAUGACUUUUUCCACUGUGAAUCUCUACAGCUGGGUUGUGUAUUUUCAGUCUCAUUUCUUGCUGUCUGCUGAUUUGUCUUAUGAUUUGAGGAAGAUCGUGAUGAUCAGUCCCCAGCCUUCCUUUUUCCGCCUGUUUACCAAUUCACCGUUCCACAGUCCUGAUGUGUUGCCAAAUAUGCAAAGACUGUUUGCCGAAGAGCACAAGAUAACUUCUCCAUUUUCCUUUUAUGGGGAUGAGGCUAUAGAUUCACCCUUAAAGAAUUCUACAAGGUAGACAGGGGACAUCAAUCACAAGCUGUUCAUGACAUCUGUGGUUUAGAAAGUCUCAGUGGAGCUAUUGCAUUGUUUUUUCCCCUCUAUGGAGUAUUAAAAAAAGUGAUCUUACACAGUAUCCUGGAAAUACUCCAUUCUGAACUGCCAGAAAAAUAAUCAAUUUCAAAAUCAUCCUAUUAUGCCUUAACUAAGACUUUUUUCAGCUAAAUUAUGGUUACACUAGUGUCUUAUCUUAUCCCAAAAGGCUACUGGAGCCAUUUAAGGCUUAACAUUUGCUUCAGAUUGUUUUUCACAGAUAGCUGUAAGCCUUACAUGAGUUCUUCUUACAUUAUUAUAGUACGUGCAUGGGUAUUCAGAAUGAAUGUGUGUGUGCAUACAUGGUAUGGUAUUGGGCCAGGCGCAGCAGCUAUAGACAACAAUUUCUAUUUGUCUACUCUAAUAAGAGUGGACAUUCCUAAGCUCUGCCGCACUAGAUAUGUAUGUAAAGAAGCAGCCUCUAUUGAUGUAUCUAUGCACACUUGUGGUAACAGCUGGUAAUCUUAAGUAACUGCAAAUGUAUGUAAUCUUUGCAACUAUUUAACAGUGCUGUACGACAGUAGUUAAUGCCUCUGCUGCAAGAAAUGCAUGGUGCGUGUGAGGGGGUCUUUCUUACGGAAGAGAGUAAACCAGUCCUGGUAGCUGAUAAAGUAUCAUUCACGUAUAGAUAUUUAAAGGAAGCUUUACCUCUGCAUGGUGAUCUGCAGCACCUGUACAGUAGAGAGGGCCUUUACUUUUAUUGGUGGUGAUUCCUGUAGAGGAAGGACAGGAGCCUAGCCUUGCCCCGCGGAUCCAUGUCCCUGCCCCUUCUUUCUGUGUUUCUCUUCAUUUCAUGUUAAGAGAGCUGCUACUUCUGGACAUUGACAUGUUUUAUAAUCUCUGGCUCAAGGCCUCGCAUAGCCUUUCUUAAACAGAGGGGUACUGACACACUCAUUGUGCCAGCAGCUAAAUUGUAUUCAGUUACAUGGGAAAAGUAUUUAAGUAAUUGCUAUUGAGCUGUUCAAUCAUGAAUGGGAAGAGGUUGUUUACAUCAGUCUCUACCUAUGGGCUAAACUUACCAACCCCAAUCUAGCAUAUUCACUGUGAAAAAUAAUGCAUAUACAGUAAUCCAUGUUCAGCAAUAACUGUAGGAUAGGGGAAGACACUUUCCCUAUUUAGUAAGCAAAUUUAAGGUUCUUCUGCCACUAUUCUACAGCAGAAAGGCCCCACUGCAGAUCAGUCUCUGCAAGGAUGAUUUUUAAGAACAAGAUGUACACAGCGCCCCCCCCUUGCAGUUUGCCUUCCUUUUCCCAUUGCAAAAAUUGAUUUUUUGCUGUGCGGGUGACAGAAUUUAUUUUAAAGUGAAACUUUAAGAGAGCUCCAGGAAACUGGUUCAUAAUCCAAAGGAAUAUACUGAUCUGAACUAAAAUGUAUGAAAAUAUCCAAGUGCUUUAUGUACAUUGUACACCUUUUGUUCAAAUGUUUUGAAAGUUAAUGUUCUACUUGAAAUGGCUUCUAUUAAAUCCUAGUUGAUAGUUAAACAACUAGUUUUGGUACAGAGUUCUGCUUUAUAAUUUUAUA